UUCGGCGCUCCGGCUUCAAGCUCAUCGAAUGCGUUCUCUUUUAAUGCCGCAAAGACUACCACGGCUACGGGUUUCGGUUUUGGAAUGCAACCGACAACUGCUGCAUCUGCGUUUUCAUUCGGAGGUCUCUCAGCUCCAUCUACAACAAAUAUUUUUAAAGGGACCUCUACCUCUAAGUCGCAGCCUUUCAGUUUUUCCUCUUCGAAAACCCCCUCUCUGUUUGGGAAUCCUCCUGCAACCUCCAUAGCAGCUCCAAAACCCGGGUCCUUAUUCUCCUUUCAGCCUACUCAACAAAAUCAGCCCAUCCUUGGACAGCAGACAACCAGUGCCUUUGGUAAUUUUGUGGCAUCCUCUGUGAACUUUCCACUUUUCAAAUACCACUUUAUAUUUGCGGCAGUUCCACAUAACGUUGCCUCCAUCAUUGCGUACGGCCUCCAAAAUAACAGCAUAUUGCAACAACAGCAGCAACAGUUACAACAGCAACAGAAUUCUGUCAACGCCUUCUACGCAUCACUGUCACAGCCCCUCCUGUUUGGUGACGAACGGGACAACAUCAUAACAAGAUUAAACCAGCUUCAAGCAAUGCUCGGCACAGGAACUGGCUAUAGCGCGCUUGGUGCGGUAGCCUAUACGAUGGAAAAUCCGUUUUCUCGGUUUCGGGGCAUCGCUUACAACGUUUUACCUGCGAGCACUGAAGCCGACGGUCUUGUGUGUCUUGAAGUCAACUUGCCCACAGCAACUGUGCUAAGUCAGAAGCAAGGUCUUCAGGACCAUCUGUUUCGGUUACUCGGCGGUCGUCCUAAUUUUCAGCUAAUAAUUGAGGAAAUUCGUCCAUCAGCACGCUCUGAAACAAACACUGAGGUCGUCAUAAAGGUUGUGGAACGACAAGCUUCAGGGUCACUCCACACGAUCCCAGCGAGCGACUUAGCCAACUAUCUCUGCAGCCCCACUGUAAAACAGGAACUUCAGUCUCAGUUGUGCGUCAUUCUAUUAACUCCUGAACUGGCUCCUUCUACUUCCCAGUUAAACGUCUACCUGGAGACCCCUCCAGCCGGUCUAGAUCGACUCGUCUGGCAGCAGGCCCGCGCCGACAAUCCAGCCCCAGAUCGUCUUAUUCCUGUCCCAGUUGUGGGUUUUGCUGAUCUGAAGCGACGCCGGGCCGACCAGCUGCUCUUCGCAGACCAACAGAGGAAGUCUGUUAAGGUUUGCCCUCGAAUUUUGACGUUGACUACAAUAGCUACUACGUUUAUUUAA